AUGUCGGGUUCCGGAGAAAGAAAAUCUCUGGCUUGGCAGUAUUUUGUGGACUUGAAGAAUAAUAAAGCGAAAUGUAAUUUUUGCAACAAGAUCAUCUCGUACAAAGGCGGUGGCCCAUAUAACCUUAUUCGGCAUACCAAAAGUCAGCACCCUCUGGUAUUCACGGCAAUCACGGAGAGAGACGAGACCGCGACAAACCCGCCUUCCACUUCUACAGCUGCACCCUUUUCAGCUCCUAUAAGCAACUCAGUGAGCACGUCAGCCGUGUCAGCGAGCCAGCCUGAGUCAACUGAGCCAACGCCAGGUCCUUCAUCCGCCAUAUUUCAGCAUACUCAGCAGUCUCAGCACAGCCACGUACCAGCUACCAACAGUCGCCUUCCGGCUCAAAAAAUAACCGACUACUUACCGAAACCCCUUACAAGCAAGAAAACUGAAACAGUAAAUAAACACUUAGUAAAAUUAUUUGCAAAAAAUUACCUGCCGUUUUCUCUUGUCGAGUCCCCGGAAUUCAAAGAUUUUGUCAGAGAACUGAAUCCUAACUAUAAACUGCCGUCGCGAAAGACCCUGUCGAAUGUACUGGUUGAGAAAUAUUAUAAUAUAACCAAAGAAAGAAUCAAGGCUGAGUUGGCUGAAUCCGAUCAUGUCGCAUUGACUACAGAUGGGUGGUCUUCAGAUCCCAAUGAUAAUUACAUAAGUGUAACCGCACAUUUUAUCAACCAGGAAGCCGAUUUAAAGGCAUACGCAUUAGAAUGUGCCCAGUAUUCCGACCGACACACAGCUGAAAACUUGGCGCAACAAUUAAAAAAAAUUUGCGACGACUGGGAGAUUUCGCAUAAAAUUGUUUCCGUUUCGACUGAUAACGCCAACAACGUCAAAGCUGCGGUAAGGCUUAACAAGUGGAAACAGGUGUCAUGUUUUGCCCACACACUGAACCUUGUACAAACAGCUACAGACGAAAUAAAGCCCACUCACCAAAAGGUGAAGCGUGUAGUGGAGCUAUUUAAACGCAGCCCUUUGGCGUGCGAAAGGCUAAGAACUAUGCAGCAAAAUUUGGGAGAGCCUCAACUAAAAGUUAAACAAGAUGUCGUCACCCGGUGGAACUCCACGUUCGAUAUGUUUGAGCGCGUCUUAGCAAUUAAAAACAGUCUGCAGACGACGCUCAACAUACAUUACCCGGACGUGGAUGGUCUGUCGAGUGACGACCUGGAAGUCUUAAAAGGGGCAACUGGAAUCCUCGGAUAUUUCAAGGCCGUUACGGAGGAGAUGAGUUCGGAGAGGAGUGUCACAAUUUCGGAGGUAAUACAAAUAUGA